AUGCGUGGGGUUAGGUGCCUGAGGCUGAAGAAGGCAUGUCGCGCACAGCCACCGGGCGCACACAGGCGCAAGCCUCGACAGGAAUCAGAUGUCACCCGUCUAGAACAAAAGCUCGACGGGGUGACGGCGAUCCUGACUGCCUCUCAGCUUGGAGCCUUGAAAGCCACCGACAGCCCGCUGCAACUGCCCACCGUGCCAUUGCUCUCCUUGACCACAUGCUUCGACCAGUUUAUCAAGAGCAUGGAUGAGGCGCGACUGAUGUUGGACGUGUUCCGGAACGAAUUCAUGCCUUAUUUCCCGUUCGUCGUCAUCCAACCGCAUACGAGUCUGGAGGAGCUUCGGGAACGAAAGCCCUUCCUCCUGAUGGUGGUUAUGUUGGUCACUUGCCGACACGAUAUAACACGACAGACGGCGUUGGGGAAGACGCUCAAAGAACUCAUCGGCCAGAAGGUGAUGACUCACGGUGAACAGAGCCUGGACUUGCUACAGGGCCUUCUCAUUUACCUGGCUUGGUAUAAUGUAAACAUCCACCUCGGAGGCCAACUCACAGUCAUCGUCCAUCUGGUCAUGUCGGUGAUGAUUGAUCUCGGCCUGAACAAGCACUAUGUCCCUCGAAAGUAUGCGAAGCCUCAAAGGGACUAUUUCCGCUUGGACCGACAAGAGGGAGCAAGGGAGACGCUGGAGGACCGUCGAACUUAUCUUGGUUGCUUUUACUUGACCUCUCUAAUAUCGAUGACUGCCCGAGAUUUCGAAGCCAUCCGAUACACCAAGUACACUGAAGAGUGCUAUACGAUAAUAUCCGAAGCAGCUGAGCUUCCAAGCGACAUCUACCUUGUCCAGCUCACCAGGCUAAGCUAUUUUGUCGACAAAAUAAGCCGUACAAUUAUCCAAAGAGAUUGGGAUCCCUCUUCCAGUAUUUCUGCUCCAAUCGGAGCCUACGUGAAGUCACUGGAGGCUGAGCUGCGCAAGUACAAAGCUUCCAUGACGCUUGAUAUUGCCCAAAGUGAAGUGCUACUUCUCAUGCACUACCACGCGGUCGAGACAUUUUUGUGCGAGAUCGCUCUAGAUGAAAAUGUUCCUGCGUCGAGAUACGGGUCAUUCUCCACCACGCGUCUCGACCUGCUGUUCGCUUGUCUCACAUCUGCAAAGAAUUUCUUUGAGCUCUUCCACUCGUUGCCUUCCUCGAUAUAUUUCGACCUCCCAUACUGCAUAUUUACCAUCGUCAGCCACCUCUUUGUGGACUUGUCCAAACUUGCUCUCUGUCAGCAUGAGGGCUGGGACCAGAACUACGUUGCGUCAUGUCUAAAUUUUGGCGAUGUGAUGGACCGGCUCUCGAAGAAGACCAAAGAAGCAAGCGAGUUUCUCCAAACCAACCAGUCGGCGGCCGAGGCCACAUCUUCACAAAAUACUUUGCCGCGCUGUGUACCACCGAUCUGGCUGACGGUGCCGGCCAAGAUACAAGACAUCAAGGCCGUGCACGAGGCGAGGCGAGCAGAACAAUCCAGAAAGGCUCAGUCAGAGAGUCAGGAUUGUGACGUCGGAGUCGAAUUACCCGGACUGCCGUUCGAGUCUGCGCUGCUGCCAGAUACUUUCAGCUUCUUUGAGUGUCUCGACGAACCGUUGUGGCAGAACUGGGCCUAG